AUGGCGCUGCUGCCCCGGGCCCUGGGCGCCGGCGCGCGGCCGUGGCCGAGCUGGCAGCGGGCGGUGCGCGCCCCCGCCGGCCGCCCGCGCGCCCGCGCCGUUCCCCGCUGCGUGGCCCGCACCAUGGCGAGCAGGCAGGGCGCUCCGGCCGGCCCCGCGGCCUACGACUACCUGGUGAUCGGCGGCGGCUCGGGCGGGCUGGCCAGCGCGCGCCGGGCGGCCGAGCUGGGCGCCAGGGUGGCCGUGGUGGAGAGCCACAAGCUGGGCGGCACCUGCGUGAAUGUCGGAUGUGUACCCAAAAAGGUAAUGUGGAACACGGCUGUGCACUCUGAAUUCAUGCAUGAUCAUGUCGAUUACGGAUUUCAGAGCUGUGAUGGCAAAUUCAAUUGGCGGGUUAUAAAGGAGAAACGGGAUGCCUAUGUGAGCCGCCUGAACACACUCUAUCAAAACAAUUUGACCAAGGCCAAUAUAGAGAUCAUCACUGGCUACGCCGCGUUCACAGGGGACCCCAGGCCCACCGUGGAGGUCAACGGGGAGAAGUACACCGCUCCUCACAUCCUGAUUGCAACAGGCGGCGUGCCCUCGCAGCCCCAGGACAGCCAGAUCCCGGGUGCCAGCCUGGGGAUAACCAGUGAUGGAUUUUUUCAGCUGGAGGAAUUGCCUGGCCGUAGCGUCAUUGUGGGUGCAGGGUACAUCGCCGUGGAGAUAGCGGGGAUCCUGUCUGCCCUGGGUUCCAAGACAUCACUCAUGAUACGACACGAUAAGGUACUUAGGAGUUUUGAUUCAAUAAUCAGUUCCAACUGCACGGAGGAGCUGGAGAAUGCUGGCAUAGAGGUCCUGAAGUACUCGCAGGUCAAGGAAGUUAAAAAGACUUCCUCGGGCUUGGAAGUCUCCAUGGUUACUUCAGUUCCGGGGAGGAAACCCGCGCUGACCACGAUUCCAGAUGUUGACUGCCUACUCUGGGCCAUUGGGCGCGACCCGAACUCCAGGGGUCUGAAUCUAAACAAAGUGGGGAUUCAGACUGACGACAAAGGUCACAUUAUCGUGGAUGAAUUCCAGAACACUAGUGUCAAAGGCAUCUACGCAGUUGGGGAUGUGUGUGGAAAGGCUCUUCUUACUCCAGUUGCCAUCGCUGCUGGCCGAAAACUUGCCCACAGACUCUUUGAAUGCAAAGUAGAUUCCAAAUUAGACUAUGACAACAUCCCCACGGUGGUCUUCAGCCACCCCCCUAUUGGCACAGUGGGACUCACGGAAGAUGAGGCCGUUUCUAAAUAUGGAAAAGAAAAUGUGAAGACCUAUUCAACCACCUUUACCCCAAUGUAUCAUGCGGUUACCAAAAGGAAAACAAAAUGUGUGAUGAAAAUGGUUUGUGCUAACAAAGAGGAGAAGGUGGUUGGGAUCCACAUGCAAGGAAUUGGGUGUGAUGAAAUGCUGCAGGGAUUUGCGGUUGCAGUCAAAAUGGGAGCCACAAAGGCCGACUUUGACAACACGGUUGCCAUUCACCCUACCUCCUCAGAAGAACUGGUCACGCUUCGCUGA